UCACCCAAGAUUCAAUUCUGAAUUAUGGCGGAACACUACGGUCAAUACCAAGCCGGAAGACCUCAGCAUCUGCAGCAUCAGGCGCCGCGGAGCCACCAGAUGGUGAAGGCCGCCACCGCUGUCACGGCCGGCGGCUCGCUCCUCGUGCUUUCCGGGCUCACCUUGGCCAGCACCGUCAUCGCUCUCACCAUCGCCACGCCGCUCCUCGUGAUCUUCAGCCCGGUUCUGGUACCGGCCACCCUAGCCCUCUUCGUGCUCGCCGGCGGCUUCCUCGCGUCCGGCGGGUUCGGGGUGGCGGCUCUCAGCGUGCUCUCGUGGAUCUACAAGUACAUGACCGGCAAGCACCCGCCGGGAGCUGAUCAGCUCGACACGGCGCGCACGAAGCUGGCGAGCAAGGCCAGGGACAUGAAGGAUCGGGUGGAUCAUAGUGUUUCGAGUGCGCAGAGCUCUUGAUUUCGCUAUAAGGAUGGUCGAAUUGUAUGUUGUGUUGUGUUGUUUUGUGUUUCUUAUGGUAUCUAUUAAUUUGGAGUUGGAGUGGUAAUUUAGAUGUUCCUUUUUAUCUUAGAUCAGUAUUUGGUUGUUCUUGUGUGUAAUUCUGUGUCGUGAUAAGAUCAUUUAUCAUUUGUAGUUCUGGUAAGAAAAUAAAUGAGUUACUUGCAAUGAAAA